AUGGAUAAAUUAUUAUUUUGUGAUGCAAGUAAAGAAGAUUUAAAAUUAAUUGAAGAUUCAGAGGUACUUAAUGAAAUUGAAGAUUUAUUACCAUAUGCAGGUUGUCCAUGUUAUCAAUUUAAUAAUAUCGAUCAAUUUAAAGAACAAUUGUUGAAAGAUAACCAAUUAAGAAUUGAAAGAGUAAAACAAGAAGAAUUAAAAAUAAAGAUAAUUGAAAAUAAUUUAUCUGAUAAAAAUAUUGAUUUUAAAUAUGUUUAUUGUCGUAUAACUAGUUAUUUAUCUAAUAAAGCCACUAUCAAAGUUACAAGAUCAGAUCCAUCAAUUGCAUUAACAAAUAUUGAACUCUUGGCAAUUUAUUCAAAAGCUUGGCAAUGGGUUUAUCAAGAGGAAGAAAAAGAAUCUGGUAAUCCUGGUAAUAUCAAUGGCAUGUUAAAUAGAGCUAAAUCAUAUGGUAGAUAUGGUAUCUAUGGUCAUGAUAUCACUGAUUUAGCAUACAAUGGUGGUAGUCUCAUUAAAAUUUAUAAUGGCUUUGUUGUUUGUAAAUUUAGUGUAGACUCUUAA